AUGAGAUCGGAGCCGGUUGCUGCAACCGCUCUUCCUCGAGGAGAUGAUUCCUCUAAGCCCUCGUUUUGGCGUGUAGGACCUUUGAAUAACGAGGCAAAACACGAUCUUUCUGAAGUUGAAACGCAAGUUAAAAUAUUCGUUGAGGAUUUGAAAAGCGAUUCAACGGAUACUCAAAGAAACGCGACCGCGGAACUCAGGUUGCUAGCGAAACACAACAUGGAUAAUCGCGUUGUGAUAGCAAACUGCGGGGCGAUCAGCUUGUUAGUGAACCUUUUAUACUCGCACGAUUCCGCGACGCAAGAAAACGCGGUUACCGCGCUUCUUAACUUGUCGAUUAGCGACAACAACAAGAAAGCGAUUGUCGAUGCGGGUGCGAUCGAACCGCUGAUUCAUGUCCUAGAAAACGGAGGAUCGGAAGCUAAAGAGAAUUCAGCUGCUGCCCUUUUCAGCCUCUCUGUGAUAACAGAAAACAAGAUCAAGAUCGGUCGCUCAGGUGCGGUUGAACCGCUAGUUGAUAUGCUCGGUAACGGUACACUUCGCGGUAAGAAAGACGCGGUUACCGCGCUGUUUAAUCUCUCGACGUAUCAUGAGAACAAGACGAUGAUCGUGCAAUCUGGAGCGGUGAGACACCUUAUAGAGCUAAUGGAUCCAGCGGUUGGUAUGGUCGAUAACGCGGUUGCGGUUUUAGCAAAUCUAGCCACGGUUCCUGAUGGAAGAAACGCGAUAGGUCAAGAAGGUGGGAUUUCUCUUCUCGUUGACGUUCUUGAAUUAGGUUCUGUUAAAGGGAAAGAAAACGCGAUAACCGCUCUUCUCCAACUUUCUAAAAAUAGCGGUCGCUUUUGCAAUAUGGUUCUUCAAGAAGGAGUGAUUCCUCCGCUCGUCGCUCUAUCUCGAUCCGGUAACUUCCGAAGCCGAGAAAAGGCACAAGCUUUGCUUAGCUACUUAAGGAAUCUUAUCGGGCCUGGCUAAUAAUGGGAACUGAGAGAUUUCACAAAUCUUUGAUUCUGACUGUAAAUUGUACCAAUAUUUCCAUUAAUAAAGGUCUUAGUUCAUAAAGAGAUGAUUGGGAUUGAGAGCAUUUGAUUUAUAAAUUGUAAGAUUUUUACAACAAAAAAG